AUGGAUUUGAAGGAAGAGAAAGGAGGAGAAGACGAGAAGGCACUUCCUGUGGUGUCGCUGAAUCAUGUGUCUCGGCUCUGCCGGAACGUGAAGGACUCGAUAGAUUUCUACACGAAGGUUCUCGGAUUCGUCGUCGUGGAGAGGCCUCAAACUUUUGAUUUCGAUGGCGCUUGGCUAUUCAACUAUGGCGUCGGGAUUCACUUGAUCCAGUCCAAAGACGAAAACAGACUGCCUCCUAAAGAUAAUCAAGACUUGGAUCCUAUGGACAAUCACAUUUCCUUCCAGAGCGAGGAUUUGAACGCGAUUGAGGAGAGAUUGAAGGAUUUGAAUGUGAAGUACGAGAAGAGGAGAGUGGAAGAUGAAAACGGAGUAAAAAUAGAUCAAUUGUUUUUCAAAGACCCAGAUGGCCACAUGGUGGAAAUUUGCAACUGUGAGAAUCUCAAGCUUGUCCCGGCGAGUUCGCUCGGCAAAAUCAAACUCCCUAUUGAUCGCCAUACUCCUCCCAUUGAUGUAUAG